AUGGCGUUGACCUCGUGGAAGACCUUCAACUUUUUCGACGUCUCGCAGGUGGACUUCGUCGACAGCGAAGGCAGCUCCGUCUUCACCAACGAUGUAAGCAGCGUCUGCACUGGGUCGGAUAACCUCUUUGUCGGCACUACCAACGGCACCGUUCACAUCCUCUCCCGGGCAUACAAAGUCGUCCGCUCCUUUCGGGCAUACGAUGGCGGCUCGGUCACGCAUAUGAGACAGGUCCCCUCGACCUCCUACCUAGUCACAAUCAGUGAGGACCUAUCCAACGAGCCCGUCCUGAAGGUAUGGGCUCUCAACGAGACAGAGAAGAAGACCGGGGGGCCUCGUUGUCGGUCCACGAAAUCGGUUCAAAACAAGCUGAGACAGUUUCCAAUAUCCGCGUUGGCAGUCCUUGAUGAUCUCUGGCAGGUUGCCGUCGGCUUUGCCAAUGGCUCUGUCACCCUUAUCAGAGGAGACCUCAUACACGACCGUGGAGCCGAACAGCGCAUAGUAUUCGAAUCGGAGGAACCCAUUACCGGCCUCGAGAUACAACGAUCCGGCCCCACGACUCUAUUCAUCGCUACCACUAGCCGUAUACUCUCACUGGUAAUCGGAGGGAAAGGAGAUGGAAAGCCGGCUCGUGCCCUCGAAAACCUGGGAUGCGGAGUUGGAUGCAUGACCUUCGACCAGGAUACCGGCGAUAUUCUUGUUGCUAGGGAAGACGCAAUCUAUACAUAUGGCCGUAGAGGACGGGGGCCGAGUUUUGCUUUUGACAGUCCCAAAACUUCGGUCAACGUUUUCAAAGAUUACAUUGCGCUGGUUUGCCCGCCUAGAGCAGCCCUGUCAAGGACAGAAACCGUCAGUAGAUUUGGAACCAGUCAAGUUGAUGAUAUCUUCAACACUUCCACCUUCACUCUCUUGGAGUCGGACCUGAGAUUCAUUGCACACUCGGAAGCUCUCGGUAGCAGUGUGAAGUUCAUCUUCAUGGAAUGGGGAGAUUUUUUCAUUGUCACCGUUAAUGGAAAGGUCAACCGAUACCAUGAGAAACCACUCCAACAAAAGCUUGACAUAUUAUACCAGAGAAAUCUAUAUAUAUUGGCAAUUAACCUGGCGCAGAAGUCGGGAGUCGACAGACUACAACAGAAUGUCAUUUUUAGAAAGUAUGGGGAUUUCUUAUAUCAAAGAGGGGAUUAUGAUACUGCCAUGCAACAGUAUCUGCGAGCAAUUGACAAUACUGAGCCCUCUCAUGUUAUUCGCAAGUUUCUUGACACUCAACGAAUCCACAACCUCAUUGAUUACCUGGAAGAAUUGCAUGAUCAUGACAAGGCAACAGCGGACCACACCACAUUGCUUCUUAACUGUUACGCGAAACUGAAGGAUACUGAAAAGCUAGAUUCCUUCAUAAUGGCACCUGGAGAACUCAAGUUUGACCUGGAAACAGCUAUAGCCAUGUGCCGUCAGGGUGGUUAUUUUGAACAGGCAGCAUACUUGGCUACCAAGCAUGGCGAAAGCGACAUGGUGGUGGACAUCUUGAUUGAGGACUCGAAGAAAUAUUCUGAAGCCCUUAAAUAUAUAUGGAUCCUUGAACCAGAUCUUGCAUACCCAAAUUUGAUGAAAUAUGCACGCGUACUACUUGAGAACUGUCCAGAACCAACGACACAACUUUUUAUUGACUAUUACUCUGGAAGAUUCAAGCCUCGAAAGGAAGAAGAACAGCCUGCUGAAGCUAAACCGCAAGCUACAGGAGGCGCUGUCCAAAAUCUUGCAUCAUUCAUUCCUUUGCCAUACAUAGGAGGCUCCAGGCAAGAUAAUAAACAAAGCAAUGGAGCCAAUCCCCAAGCAACGGCAGAACCCGAAACUAUAGAUGAUAUAGCUUCGCCAAGUUACGAAAUUCCGAAACCUAGAACUGCGUUUUCCUCCUUUGUUGACCACCCCGAUCAAUUUAUCGCCUUCUUGGAGCAUCUUCUUGAGCCAGAAGGACUAAAGGAUGAAGACAAAGUUGACCUAUACACUACCCUGUUCGAAAUGUACCUGGAUACGGCAAACCGCAAGAAAUCGCCCUCUGAGAAGGAGGAAUGGGAAUCAAAAGCAAAGAAUUUGAUACAGGGCAAGAACAUUCCCGUCUCUGCAUCAAACGUUCUUCUACUAUCAGACUUGUCCAAUUUCCAUGAGGGUAAAACCUUGGUCCGGGAGAAGGAAGGUCUUAGAGCAGAUAUUUUACGAUCAUAUAUAUCAGCCAAGGAUACCCAAGGUGUGAUAAAGGCUCUAAAAAAAUACGGGCCUGAAGACCCACAGCUAUAUAUCGAUGCUUUGACGUACUUUGCGUCGAGUCCAAAGAUUCUCGAAGAAGCAGGUGGCGAGAUGGAUGCAGUUCUUCGAAAGAUUGAUCGGGACGGGUUGAUGGCUCCCUUGCAGGUGAUACAGGCAUUCAGCAAUAAUUCUGUGGUCACUAUGGGCAUGAUUAACAAGUACCUGAGUGAUAACAUCGAAAGGGAAAGAAAGGAGAUUUCUAACAACCGUCGCCUCAUAGCUAGUUACUCAAAAGAGACGGAGUCCAGAAAACAGCAGAUGGAAGAACUCGGUUCUAAACCAACUGUCUUUCAGGCUCGUCGCUGCUCAUCUUGUGGAGGUAACCUUGACCUUCCCACAGUUCAUUUCCUCUGCAAGCAUUCCUUCCACCAACGAUGUCUCAACACCGUUGAUGAAGAUGCGGAAUGCCCCGUCUGCGCGCCGCAUAACUCAACACUCAAGGCAAUACGUGAGAGACAGGUCCAAGCAUCUAGCCAGCAUGAGUUGUUCCACUCUGAGCUACAGCGUAGUAAAGACCGGUUUGGGCUUAUUAGCGAGUUUUUUGGUCGAGGAGUGAUGAAGCCGAAUAAUACUGAGUAA